AUGGCAAACGCAGAAACCCCACCCAACUCACCCCGCUCCACCAUCCCUUUCGUUCCUAAUUCGCCCAUAGUUCAGAAUCCUAAAUCUCACCUAAACUCCAAUACCCAUCUCUCGUACCUCAAUUUCACCGAUCCCUCUAACCCUUUUCGCCUUGAUCACGGUGAUAAUCCAACCAUUACACUCGUUCCUAAUCUUCUCACCUCUGAUAAUUAUGCUACAUGGUAUAGAGCCAUGCGCCGUGCUCUUAGGGCCAAGAAUAAACUCGGCUUCAUUUUGGGUACCUUGCUGAAACCUACCUCUCCUACAGAUCCAUUAUUUGAUCUAUGGGAGAGGUGCAAUGAUCUGAUUGUUUCCUGGAUCCAAAACUCCAUUAGCCCUUCCCUCAAAUCUUCUGUGGCCUUCGUCAAUGAUGCUAAGGAGCUUUGGCAAGACUUGUACGAUCGUUUUUCCCAACAAAACGGUUACUGCAUCUUUCAGUUGAAGAGGGAUUUAGCCAAUCUUCUUCAAGAACGUGAUUCUGUAAGUAUUUAUUUUGGUAAGUUGAAAUCAGUGUGGGAUGAACUGUCUAUUUACGAUCCAUUUCCUUCAUGCACUUGUGGUACUUUAAAAACUCUUAUGGAUCGUUAUCAAAGGGAUUGUGUUCUUCAGUUUCUGAUGGGACAGACCAUGGCCCUUGCUGUUAAGAAACCAUUCCCUUCAUCCAAAUACUCACCCAAACAAAACCCUAACCCCAAGAAGGAUCGGCCAUAUUGCACUCAUUGCAAGAUUUCUGGCCACUCGAUGGAAACCUGCUUUAAGCUUGGCAAUGUUGUUGCUCCAGUCUGCUCCACUGUAACCUCACUGGACAUUCCGUUGAGAAAUGCUACAAAUUGA